UCUUUUUUAAGGACCACUUCUUAUGAAGCGCAUGUUUAUAGUGAAAUAUUUUAAUAUGGAAUGCAGUAAAAGAUAAAAUUACAUUAACAUUUGCAGUACAUAGAGUUAUAAAAUGGUCAAAUACCAAUCAGAAUUACUAUACAACAAAGCUGUAAAAAUGAGCUUUGUCUGUUUGUCGGCACGGAAGCGGAAAUUAGUUUCCCGACAUGCAAUGGGGUGCCGCGAAAGUUUACAUAAGUGACCUACAGACACAUGUGCGUUUGUUUACAUCACAAAAAAGCAAUCAGGUUGAUUGUUGGCAUUUUGUGUAGUCAUGUCUUCUAAGUCAACCUCAAAAGGAAAAAGGAAAAGAAAACAAGAUGGACCUGACCCCUGUCCACCCUCAACUGGUCAUCAGUCCAGCAGCCGAACUAGGACGCUGCGCCAAAGGAAGGACAUCGACUAUAAUGAAAACAUCUCAACCACCAAAGUGCAAGCAAUCAGUGAAACAAAUAUUGGAGAAACUGUGCACAUUUUGAAGACUGAAAAAGUUAGAAAAGUUGAAGAAAAUACUUCAAAGAAAAAAGAGAGAAAGAGCAAAAACUCCUCAACAGUGAAAGAUGAGAAGUUGAAAGUUACAAAUCAAACAGAGACUGCUGCAGAGAUAGACAGAAAAAGAUGUAUGAAAUCUUCAGAUGAGGAUCAGAUUCAAAACAAUCAAGAAAAACAUCUGCUUGAUCAAUCUGAUCAAUUGCAAAAUAAACUAGAAUCAGAUUAUAUUUCACCCACGUUGAUGCCAUUUUCCCCAAACUUCAAUGAGAGGACUAAAUUUCCACUUUUUCAGCCAUCAGUCCCUCAUUUUACAAAUACAAAUAACUUUAUCAACCACAUUCUACAAAGGUCCUUGGGAAAUAAUUCAUCAGUGAAAAAGAGUGUACAUCAGCAGAUCAUUGACAGGGUGACUGAUCUGGAACUUUACCGCACAGGAAGUCCAUUUGAACGCCGUGUGACCGCCAUUGAGUGGCAUCCAUCAUGGCCGCACAUCGUAGCUGUUGGAGACAAAGGGGGAGAGAUUAUUCUGUGGGAUAUUAACAAUGUCAGCAAUGAUUAUUUCAUACCAGGAAUGGGUCCUGGAGGGUCCAUCCAGGCAAUGAAGUUCUGGCCGCGUGACGACAGACGUGUGGUCACAGCCUCCAUUGACGGCACUGUCACCUUGCAGGACUUUGAGGGAAAACACAGACAGAUAAUACUGGACACCAUGAACUGUCAUGACUUCUGGUACUGUAGCUUAGACGUAAACAAGAGAAGAAGUUUGUUAGUAGCAGGAGAGAAUAGUGGAAAACUGGCCUUGACUUCACUGGAAGGGAAAAAGGUGUUUGAGGCUCGUCUUCACAAGGGUAAGAUCACGCACUGUGAGUUCAGCCCACGAGAGGACUGGCUGCUGUGUACUGCCUCCAUAGACCACACUGUACAGUUCUGGGACCUGAGGAUGCUCAAAGACAGAAAGAGCACUUUGCAGACAAUAAACCAUGAGAAGGGGGUUAAUUCUGCCUACUUUAGUUUAACUGACAGUUGCCGCCUGCUGACGACAGAUCAGCACAGCGCCAUCAAGGUUUUCUCCGCGCCAUUGUGGGAGUUGGAGACCACCAUAGUGCACCCGCACCGUCAGUUCCAACACUUGACUCCUAUCAAGGCACAUUGGCACCCACUACAAGAUUUGAUAGUAGUUGGAAGAUACCCAGACCCUAAUUUCCCAGGAUUCACCACCAGGGAACCAAGGUCCAUCGAUUUCUUCGAGGCCUCUACGGGAAAAUUGGUUUACCAGUUGUAUGAUCCUGCAGCACCUGGCAUAGUUUCUCUCAAUAAGUUCAACUCCCAGGGGGAUGUUCUGUGCUCAGGAAUGGGCAGAAGCAUUCUAAUAUGGACAGAUAAACACAUCAUUGCUAGCAAAAAAGAUUCCUUGAUGACUGAUAUGAAAAAGAGUGCCCUCGGUCAGGCAAAUUAUCCAAGGUCAAGGUCAUCAGCAAAUAGGUCAAGGCCAUCAAACCCCACUAAGGUCAAGAAAGAAAGCAAGGAUAAAACUUCAGCACAGAAGGUAAAAAUGAAAAUGAAGAAUUCAAAGAAGUGAGGAGUACAGUAAAUACCUUGGCAUCUUGAAUGGAACAUUGAAUUUGAGGAAAAAGGCACCGGCAACUGAAACAGAAUUUUUAGUCAUAUUGAUGUUGGAAGCCAAACCACUGAAAUCAAACAAAAAGAUGUAACCACGUUUCAUUAGUCAAUUAUAUAUGCAAGUUUAAUCAAAGCAUGAGGUUAUAUACCUGUACAUGGAUGUACCUGUAUUAUAACAGAAAAAGACUGUGAAACAAGAUUAUCAGAUACUCACUGGCCACAUAAAGUAUAGAUAAAGAAUAUAUAUAUAUAUAUAUAUAUAUAUAUAUAUAUAUAUAUAAUGGAAAGUCCCUAAAGAAACUGAGUGGAUCUACACUCUUAUGAAACUAUAAGUAUAAUGCCUUGUUGGUCAAAGUAAAAUUCAGUCCCAUAUAAUAAUAUAAACCACAGUCUGUUGUAGAAGCAAGAGAUAAAGAUAAUUAAUAAGUCAAAGAAACCCAUUUCUUUUAUAUGUCUUCCAAAAAUCCAAGACUUAACAUGGAGAAUAAUGAAAAAAAAAAUCCUUUGAGGAAGGCAGUUGCUGCCCUACUUAUCUGAUGCUGAUACAAUAAAGGCUUUGAAGAACUAAUGUCCAAAACCAUGUUGCUGUUGGCAGGAUUUCUUCUGAGAAAUUUGUCUGUCAAUGUGAUUUAUAACAUCAACUAAUGGUGAAGGUUAAUGAAUCUCCGUUGGUAAAAUUAUCACGUACUUUACAACGCGCAUACAGGUAUUUCACAACACACACACAAAGAAA